CUCUGAGCAAAGUUCGAUCUAGAUUAGUAUCUUCUACUUCAAAAAGAUUAUGGAUAGGACUGAGACCCUGUCAGGACAUAUUCGAAUUUGGAGUAUUUUCGGCAUCGAUUGAAAAGUUGAUACUAAUAAGAUCGAAGAGUCGUCCAGAAAAUCAGCUAUUUGUGGGAUACUCCAUAUGCCAGUGGCCAGGCCAGGCAGCGCCCGUGUGCGCAGCACUUAGCAGGCCGUUGGCCGAGCCAGCACCCGCCUGCCCAGUUCAGCCGACCACCGGUUCAGACCGGCUGGACCGGUUCAGUCA